AUGCUGGUAGAUGAAAUCACUGCCCACAAAGAGUUUGCAGUCUUGGACUCCAAGGACAUGCUGGGAUCCUGUUCCCCCGUCAUUCUAAAUGGCACAAAGGUAGUUAACAUUGUCAGAGAGCCUUUCUAUGAAAAUGGUCCAGGAAAGACUUAUGUCAGUUCAGUGAAUGCUCGUUUUUAUGACCUCAGUGCCCUGCCAGGUAAGCAAGCCCUGACUGCCCUGGAAGUGAAUUGGAGGGUGUUUGCUGUCAGCUCUUAUGGGCCCCUUAGGAGAGCUCUAAAGCCAGUUGCAUACUGGUUGCAGGAUGCUCUGCUAGUUUUCUGCCCCAAGAUUUUUGUGGAGAGGACCAGACAUUUCCUGACCUUACCUGCCGCUGGACUUGGAAACGGUAGGUCGGUCUGUCGGCCUCGAAAGAACGGGGUGUGGCUCGUCUGGGCUAAGGUUGAUUUUCACAUCCCUCUACCUGUUAACUAUCCACGAAGGCAGCCAUUCUGGGACCCCUUGAGACUUUCCCUCUUCACUUUGGGGAUCGUGAUUGUGAUAGGUAUUGCCAUUGGCAUAGUGACACAUUUUGUGGUCGAGGAUGAUCGCUCUUACUAUUACCUCGCCACCUUCAAAGUCACAAAUAUCAAAUACACUGACAGAUAUGAAAGAAAAACCUCAAGGGAGUUUGUGGAACGAAGCCACCAAAUCGAAAGAAUGAUGUCCAAGCUAUUUCAACAAUCUUCUAUAGGAAGAAAGUACAUUAAAUCACAUGUGAUCAAACUGGGUCCAGAUGAAGGAGACGUGAAGGUCCUUAUGGUUCUGCUAUUUCGCUUCCCAUCGGGCAACUCUGGUGGAAACAUCAGGAAAAUGAUCGAAAGUAUUUUGCACCAGAAACUGAAGACGCAAAAGCUUCCCUUGGCUAUCAGUCGGUCUUCAGUUAAAAUAAAAGUGAUCGAUUCCAGAAAGAUGAGGAACCUUCUCAACGGCCGCUGCGGAAUCCGGAUGACGGCAGCCUCCUUGCCGAUGACGGCCGUGUCCACCAUGGACAGGAUCGUCAAGGGGACGAUGGCGGCCCUGGACGGGGAGUGGCCGUGGCAAGCCAGCUUGCAGCUGCGAGACAAGGGCCACCAGUGUGGAGCCAGCCUCAUCAGUAACACGUGGCUCGUCACGGCGGCCCACUGCUUCCUUCAGAACAAGAACCCGAGCCAAUGGGUCGUCAGCUUUGGGACGACGAUAAAUACUCCGGUAGAGAAACGCACCGUCAGUACCAUCAUCACUCACGAAAGGUUCAACAGCUUCUCUCACGACAACGACAUCGCGCUGAUCCAGCUGUCCAGGAAGGUGGACUUCUCCAACAAGGUCCAACAUGUCUGUCUCCCGGAGACAUCUGCAAAACUGCCCCCGAAAACCGGCGUCUUUGUCACGGGCUUCGGAUCAGUCAUGGAUGACGGACCAAUCCAGAAUACCCUUCGACAAGCCAGGGUGGAAAUUAUAAGCACCGACGUGUGUAACCAAGAGGACGUGUAUGAUGGCGCAAUCACAAGUGGGAUGCUGUGUGCCGGAUACAUGGAGGGGAAAGUAGACGCUUGCAAGGGUGAUUCUGGAGGCCCUUUGGUGUAUCCUGAUCAUCGGGACGUCUGGUAUCUUAUUGGAAUAGUGAGCUGGGGACAGUCGUGUGCUUUGCCCAAAAAACCAGGCGUGUACACGCGAGUGGCUCAGUAUCGGGACUGGAUUGCCGCCCAAACCGGGAUCUGA